AUGGCCGAAUCGCAGACUCCGGCGCGCUCCGUCGCCAUGGACCCUCCACACAUUACAGAGUUCGCCUCGAAGCGCUACUUUGAGAAGCUAAACCAGCUCAACACGCAACCCGGUACGGCAGAGUCAUCAUCAGCGACCACGCCAAAUGUGUCCACAUCGACGGCGCUUCCUUUGUCGACCUUUAUUCUGCCUCUCCGCGAAACUAAGACUGCCGACGCCCAGUCCAAGCCUCUAGAGCCGAAGAAGGAUAAGAGCCGUUUCUUCAGCAUCAGACAGCGAGUCUCUCUACGACACUCUAAGACUAUUGUCCCCACAGUCCCUGCUGCCAUUGCUACCAUCGUACCAGAGACUCUCGUCGCUCCUCAUCCCGCUGCCGCUGUCGACCCCAUCACCCGAGCCAUUCCAUUCGAUCAGCUGUUCCUCGCCCUGCCCAGCGAACUACAGAUCCUAAUCAUCUCGUCCCUCCCUCUGACAGAUAUCCUCAAUCUCCGCUUGACCUCGAAGGCGUGGCACACCCUCAUCACCCUCAACGAAGGCCCCAUCGUCCGAUACCACGUCGAAAACCACAUCCCGGCUUACGCUCUCCGCUUAUACCCCAUUAAUAAUGCCGCCGACUACAACUUCCACUCUCUGUGCAGCAUAUGGCAUCGUCUACAUGUUGCCGCCAAACUGGCCUAUCUCAUGUGUGACUGGAUUACCAAGGACAUAUUCCUGCAGCAGACUGAAGCGCAACGGAGAGCGUUCGCGCCACAACACGAGAUCAUGCGACGCCGACUUAUUCCUUUAUUGUUCACCAUUUUUCACUUCUUCGAAACAUAUCGCAAACUGCACCUCGAACAUAUUCACAACAAUAACGGUCAUGGGCUGCAACGCGAACCAUAUACGCUCAAUCCCAUUGAGAAGAAGGUGAUGGAUAUGUACGACGACCAAACACUUUUGAGAGUACAUGAGGUAUUUCCCCUCGUAAUAUCAUCCUUCUGCCGUCGUUUGCGACCUCCAACAUAUGUCGGUCGCGUCGAGAGAUCACUCCGAGGUUACCUGCGUGAGAAGCCGGCUGACGAGGUGCACGUUGCUAUUCUGUGCUUGGGUGGCCUGCGACAGGUUGAACGGUUGUGGGAAAUCAAGGGAUACAACAGUCGACGAGCAGCGGUGGAUGUUUGGUACGGCGCCCUCACAAAGGAGCCCAUCACUGAGCCCCAAACCAAAGCUCGUCUCGCCGGGUUGCGAGGGUUUGGCCGGAAAAAGUCGACGAGCGGUGAGCGUCCCAUGCAUCGCUCAUCGUUUAGCGAAUCUCUCCAUAGAGUGCGCAGUCCGUCUGGGUCCAUGGAUGCCACCAACUCGGGCUAUUUUGACCCUAACUGGGUCUUUCACACCAGCUUGUCCGCCGACGCACCCAUGGCGCCUCUGGAUUCUGAGCGGGCUCACACACUCCUCCACGACCUGCCUGUACUGCAGCAAAUCUGGCUCACGACGGCCGAGGCCCUUAUUCUGGAACGUAAGAUUGUGUCGCGCACGCAAGACAUUAAGCGCAACCAGCAAGUCAUGCUCGACCUGAUUCGCCAGGACGGCAUGAGGGAGGAAGACGAGUGGUGGUAUGGACGACACAAUCCAGAAUCUGUCCGACCACCACCUGGCGCUGGUGCUGCCGAGGAUGACGCGGACUAG